AUGGAUGUCUUUCAGACAAAGCCAAUGCAAGCUAAGAACGAAACACUAUAUAUUAUCAUAAGCAGAUACAUUCUAGUGAAGCUGCAAAAAAUAAUGCUUGCAAGCAGGUCAGUCUUGCAUCCAUCCACGAAUAGCCUGUUUCAUCUUUGCUUCCCAAGAAUCAUUUGCUCUCAGCAUCAUAUAGAUCUAAUGGAACCUAAAACCGGAGGAGAAUAUGGUCAACGGAAGUACUCGAGAUUUUUCCAAAAAGAAGUUCGAUUUUAUUCCCAAUUAUCCUGGAUAAGUUUCCUCUUUCGACAAUCAACAGUAAUCAACUAUGCUAGGCAAGCCCCAAGUUGUAAAGCUCGACCAAGUGAAGUAGAGAUGGAGAUUCUAACUUGA